UCCACACUCCACUCCCUCUUCUCCUUCUUCUUUAACGCACCACCACCCACCCCACCUCUCCCAUCUCCAUCUCCGUCUCCGAGCGAGCGAACAAAAAGCGAGACCUUUCCUCCCCUCCUCUCCCCCACAUCCUCCCUCGUCUCCUUCCAAUGCCGCCGCCGCCGCACCUCCAAGCGCGCGACUACAUCGGCCUGGGCCCCGCCGCGCCGGCCUCCUCCUCCUGCUCCUCCUCCUCCGCCUCGGGGGACGCCGGCCCGCACCUCGCGCUCAGCCUCGGCCUGCCCGGCCGCGACGAGGACGCCGUCGACGCCGCGCUCACCCUCGGCCCCGCUCCUGCUCCUCCCCGUGGCGCCGGCGCCAAGCGCGGGUUCAACGACUCGCUCGACCGGCCCGCCGCCAAGGACGCCGCUGCCUCGGCUGCCAGGGAGGUGCAGAAGGGAGCCGCCGCCGGAGCUCCGCCGGCUGCCAAGGCGCAAGUUGUUGGGUGGCCGCCUGUUCGGAACUACCGGAAGAACACCUUAGCCGCCGCCACAAAGACCAAGCCAGAAAUCCAAGCUAAAAGCGAGGCGGAGUGCUGCUAUGUUAAGGUCAGCAUGGAUGGAGCGCCCUACCUCAGGAAGGUCGACCUCAAGACCUACUCCAGCUACGAGAAUCUUUCGCUGGAGCUCGAGAAGAUGUUCACCUGCUUCAUCACUGGCAAAAGCAAUUCCUGCAAAACGUCGACAAGAGACAUCCUUACUGAUGGUUCUAGGGCUGAUGCUCUUCAGGACCAAGAGUAUGUCCUGACCUACGAAGACAAGGAUGCUGACUGGAUGCUUGUUGGUGAUCUUCCAUGGGACUUGUUUACCACUAUUUGCCGGAAAUUGAGAAUCAUGAGAGGCUCGGAUGCUGCUGGAAUGGCCCCAAGGUAGCUGGAACAGACGGCAGGCCAGAACAAAUAUAGGUGUCUCUAGCCUCCUUUUGAAGUUCGAAUCAUGGAGUAUGGAAUGAGCUACUGCUGAGGGGUGCAACGGUCUGUCCGAAGUAUAUCAUCCACUGCUAGUUUUAUUUAUAUGUGUGUAGUGGUAUGUGAAGUGCACUGUAACGCCCAUUUUGCCGACGAUGUUGCUGUUGUAGAUGUUCACUUUUGUUCCCGAAAGAUCAGGCAGAGUACUGCUUCCUGUAUGAUGUUACUUCCUCACCUAUUCUCCUACAUAUAUAUUAUUAAGUCUAUUAAA